GAGUUCCAUGCGGCUGAGGUCUGUGUGAGGGAGGCGCGUGCGCGGCGAGAGGGGGAAGCCAAAGGCGGGGCGUCCGCAGGGUGAAUGACGCCCUUGGUGUGUGGCUGGCUGGCUGGCGCUGAGUCGAAGUGGACGCAACUUCCCCAAGACGGAGCGAUCGCCGUAGCCGCCUGGAAGGGCAGAAGAAGCGGCGCGGGCUGACUGAGGAGCCCUUCUCUCUUGCGGGCCGGACUCCCCGCCUCACAUCUUCUUCCCCGCGCCGUCCUUGUCCUCCGCGCCCAGGUCGGGGCUGGCGCGGGGAGUAUGAAAGUUCCGCCUCCUCCUCCGCGGCGGCACCGACAAGGCUCCGGCCGCUUCCUGCUUCCCCUGCUGAGGAAGAGAGGCCGCUUCUCCCCGCUGCAGUGAGAGGCUCUGCGGGGUGUGAGGAGAGCCAGGCGGCUCCGGCGGCCGCAGUCCUUUGCCCAGCCUCUGUGGAGCGCCCAUCGCCUUUGGCCGCCCCUCAGGUAAAAGUGCCUGACAGCCCACCUGCUACCAAGACUCCUCGGGGGAGAACGAAGAAAGCAGCGCGCACGUCGGCCUCGCUCCUUAACGCAAUUCCUGACGAGCCUUACGGGAGUCCCCUUUCCUCCUUCCCAACGAUCACUGGAGACUCUCUCUUUUUUUGUAUUUUAAGAUGACUUAAUUCCACCCCUCCACCCCCAUCAAGUUCUUUUGUAUUUUUGAGGGUUAUCUUUCAGGAAAAAGGCAGGCCAGCGACUUCACUCCUCUUUCUGCUGGGCAGACUCUUGGAGGUGAAGAGAAGGAGAACUUUCCUGGGGAUUUCUUUGUGGGGGCAUCUCCUAGUGGCUGGGGGACACAUCAGGUUUCUUUUCUCUCCACUCCGAAAACGUGCAGAGUAGCCAACGAUGGAGUUGGGCAGGAUGGAUUAUUUCUGUGAGCAGGUUCCGCAGAAAGACGUGGGCCGCAGGAUGCAAGUUGGCCAAGAAUUUCUGGAGUACCUGAAUGAUCCGGAUGUGUCCUCUGACAUCGAGCAGGAUCAGCAACGCCUUGAUAAAGUGAUCGAUGAAUUAACGGGAUGGGUUAACUCUAGUAAUUAUAAGGUGUCAUUACUUGGAUUAGAUCUUCUCGGUGCCUUUGUUGAUAGAUUGUCAGGACGCUUCAAAUCUUAUAUAGGAACUGUUCUUCCAGUGUUGGUGGAUCGAAUGGGAGAUGCCAAAGACCAGGUUCGGGAACAAGCACAGAAUCUUGCUUUGAAGCUAAUGGAUCAGGCAGCUCUACCAAUGUACAUUUGGGAUCGCCUUGCUGCUGGCUUUAAGCACAAGAACUAUCGGUCACGAGAAGGAGUGUGUCUGUGCCUCAUCGCAACCUUAAACAACUAUGGCGCACAAUCCUUAGUUCUCAGCAAAUUGGUGCCACACUUAUGCAACUUGUUUGGAGACUCCAAUAGCCAGGUGAGAGAUGCUGCAAUAUUGGCAAUUGUGGAGAUUUAUAGACACAUAGGGGAGAAAGUAAGGGCAGACCUCAACAAGAGAGGAAUUCCUUCUGCGAGGUUACAGACUAUAUUUAUGAAAUUUGAUGAAGUUAAAAGCUGCGGCAAUAUGAUUUCAAGCAACAUCAGUGAUAAAAGCUUUGAUGAUGAAGAAUCAGUGGAUGGAAACAGGCCAUCUUCAGCUGCCACUGCCUUCAAGGUUCCUGCACCUAAAAAACCUGGAAAUCCUGCAAAUACUUCAAGAAAACCAGGUUCUGCUGGUGGGCCUAAGGUUGGAGGCACAACCAAGGAAGGAGGAGCGGGUGCUGUUGAUGAAGAUGAUUUUAUAAAGGCAUUUACAGAUGUUCCUGCUGUUCAGAUCUAUUCUAGUCGUGAACUCGAAGAAACGCUAAAUAAAAUCAGGGAAAUCUUGUCAGAUGACAAACAUGACUGGGAUCAACGAGCCAAUGCGCUUAAAAAGGUCCGGUCACUGCUUGUUGCUGGAGCAGCACAGUAUGACUGCUUUUUUCAGCAUUUACGGUUGCUGGAUGGAGCAUUUAAAUUAUCAGCUAAAGAUCUCCGAUCACAAGUCGUUAGAGAAGCAUGCAUUACUGUAGCCCAUCUUUCAACUGUUCUUGGAAACAAGUUUGAUCAUGGCGCAGAAGCCAUUGUGCCUACUCUGUUUAAUCUGGUCCCUAAUAGCGCCAAAGUCAUGGCUACUUCUGGGUGUGCCGCCAUCAGAUUUAUCAUUCGUCAUACCCAUGUGCCCAGACUCAUACCUUUAAUAACUAGCAACUGCACCUCAAAAUCUGUUGCAGUUAGGAGGCGCUCUUUUGAAUUUUUAGACCUUUUGUUGCAAGAAUGGCAAACUCAUUCCUUGGAAAGGCAUGCAGCUGUCUUGGUUGAAACUAUCAAAAAGGGCAUCCAUGAUGCUGAUGCAGAAGCAAGAGUGGAGGCAAGAAAGACUUACCUAGGUCUAAGGAAUCAUUUUCCAGGUGAAGCAGAGUUGCUGUAUAAUAAUCUUGAACCAUCCUAUCAAAGAAGUCUCCAGACAUACUUGAAAAAUUCUGGUAGUGUCACAUCACUUCCACAGUCAGACAGGUCAUCUUCCAGCUCGCAGGAAAGCCUCAAUCGUCCUUUCUCUUCAAAAUGGUCUACAUCCAGCUCAGCAAGUAUAGCUGGCAGAGUUGCAGGGAGUACCAAGGCUGCUCCAAGCCCAGGAACUCUGCAGAGGUCUCGCAGUGACAUUGACGUUAAUGCAGCUGCUGGUGCUAAAGCACGUCAUGCUGCUGGCCAGCCAGCAGGAACUGGACGAUUGGCAGCAGCUGGUCUACCUCCAGGAUCAUAUGCUUCGCUAGAGGAUACUUCUGACAAGAUGGAUGGAACAGCUUCUGAAGAUGGACGUGUGCGAAGCAAGCUUUCAACACCUUCUAUGGGCAUUGGAAAUUCAAAGACAGAUUCCAGGGGCCGUAGCCGAACAAAAGUUGUGUCUCAGUCUCAGCGUUCAUCAUCGCCAGACAAAAAUGAAGGAUCACAGUCUGCUAACCCACAGUCUGGUGCUGGUAGUCGUUCUGGUUCUCCUGGAAGAGUUUUGACUACCACUACUCUCUCGACUAUGAACACUGGGGUUCAGAGAGUGCUAGUCAGCCCUGCAACAGCACAGAAGCGGAGCAAGAUUCCUCGAAGCCAAGGGUGCAGCAGAGAAGCCAGCCCUUCAAGAUUAUCCGUUGCGCGAGGUAGUCGUAUUCCUCGACCUAGUGUGAGUCAGGGGUGCAGUCGGGAAGCCAGCCGUGAAAGUAGCAGGGAUACAAGCCCUGUCCGCUCUUUUGCACCCCUUGCUUCCAGACAUCACUCCAGAUCCACUGGUGCCCUCUACUCUCCAGAUGUUUAUGGGGCUACAGGCACUGGUUUUGGAAUAAGUCAGUCAAGUCGGUUGUCAUCUUCAGUUAGUGCCAUGCGAGUCUUAAACACAGGCUCAGAUGUUGAAGAAGCAGUAGCAGAUGCUUUGCUCUUGGGAGACAUACGGACAAAGAAAAAGCCAGUACGAAGGAGGUACGAGUCAUAUGGAAUGUAUUCUGAUGAUGAUGCCAACAGCGACGCAUCCAGUGCUUGCUCAGAAAGAUCAUACAGCUCUAGAAAUGGCACCAUCCCUACCUAUAUGCGCCAAACAGAAGAUGUAGCUGAGGUCCUCAAUCGUUGUGCAAGCUCCAACUGGUCAGAAAGAAAAGAAGGUCUUCUGGGACUACAAAAUUUAUUAAAAAACCAGAGGACUUUAAGUCGUGUUGAAUUAAAAAGACUGUGUGAAAUCUUCACACGAAUGUUCGCCGACCCACAUAGCAAGGUGUUCAGCAUGUUUUUGGAAACUUUGGUAGACUUCAUUCAAGUCCAUAAAGAAGAUCUACAGGACUGGCUGUUUGUGUUGCUGACACAACUGCUGAAAAAAAUGGGUGCUGAUCUGUUGGGGUCUGUACAAGCAAAAGUUCAAAAGGCACUGGAUGUAACAAGGGAAUCAUUUCCAAAUGAUCUCCAAUUCAAUAUUUUAAUGAGAUUCACUGUUGACCAGACUCAGACACCCAGCUUGAAGACAGUCAAGCCAGCACUGCAGGACCAGCUUCGUUCUUUUUGGAGCGCCAAGGUAAAAGUUGCAAUUCUUAAAUACAUAGAGACUCUUGCACAACAGAUGGACCCAGGGGAUUUUGUAAAUUCAAGUGAAACUCGUCUAGCAGUAUCUCGAAUUAUCACUUGGACAACAGAACCUAAAAGUUCAGAUGUUAGAAAGGCUGCACAGUCUGUAUUGAUUUCCCUUUUUGAACUCAAUACUCCAGAGUUUACAAUGUUGCUGGGUGCUUUACCAAAAACUUUUCAAGAUGGCGCCACAAAGCUUCUUCAUAACCACCUCAGAAAUACAGGAAACGGUAGCCAGGGAUCCAUGGGAAGCCCUUUAAUGAGACCUGUUCCUCGCUCACCAGCAAGUUGGUCUAGCCCCCUCACUUCACCAACAAAUACAUCCCAGAAUACUUUGUCACCAAGUGCAUUUGAUUACGACACAGAAAAUAUGAAUUCAGAAGAUAUUUAUAGUUCUCUCCGUGGAGUUACUGAAGCAAUUCAGAACUUCAGUUUUCGCAGUCAAGAGGAUAUGAAUGAGCCUAUGAAACGGGAUUCAAAAAAAGAAGAUAGUGAUUCAAUUUGCAGUGGUUCUGGAAUCGAGCUGCGAGCAGGAAGUGGAGCUACUGAUACAGGCCGAACAGCUCUUGACAACAAAACCUCAUUACUUAACACAAUGCCUCCUCAUUCUUCCCCACGGUCACGUGAUUAUAAUCCAUAUAAUUACACGGAUAGCAUUGGUUCUUUUAACAAAUCAGCUUUAAAAGAAGCCAUGUUUGAUGAUGAUGCAGAGCAGUUUCCUGAUGAACCUCCCCUGGACCAUUCUGAUCUGGUUGCAGAAUUGCUAAAAGAAUUGUCAAACCAUAACGAGAGAGUUGAAGAACGAAAAGUUGCUCUCUACGAACUUAUGAAACUGACCCAAGAAGAAUCUUUUGGUGUUUGGGAUGAGCACUUCAAAACAAUUCUGCUUCUGUUAUUAGAAACCCUUGGAGACAAAGAGCAUGCAAUUAGAGCACUAGCAUUGAAAGUCUUACGAGAAAUUUUAAGGCACCAGCCUGCAAGAUUUAGAAAUUAUGCAGAACUCACAAUCAUGAAGACAUUAGAAGCUCACAAAGACCCUCAUAAGGAGGUGGUAAGAUCUGCUGAAGAGGCUGCUACUAUGCUAGCCACAUCCAUUAGCCCGGAUCAGUGCAUCAAAGUACUUUGUCCCAUUAUCCAAACAGCAGAUUACCCUAUUAAUCUGGCGGCGAUCAAAAUGCAGACUAAGGUGAUAGAGAGGGUACCUAAAGAAACCCUUGCUCAGCUCUUGCCGGAGAUAGUACCAGGUCUAAUACAGGGCUAUGAUAACUCGGAGAGCAGCGUUCGGAAGGCUUGUGUCUUCUGUCUUGUAGCCAUUCAUGCAGUAAUUGGUGAUGAUCUGAAACCACAUCUCAGUCAACUCACUGGCAGCAAAAUGAAGUUGUUGAACCUUUACAUCAAACGUGCACAAACGGGCUCUGGAGCAGGUGAUGCAGCUGCAGAUGUUUCGGGACAAAGCUAAUGAAGCCAAUUGCCCACAAAAUAGGUCUUGUGAAGAAAAGACAAACAGUAAAAGGAAAAAAAAUGAACACACCUUUUCGGAACUCUUCAUUUUUGUUGGGGUUUCUUUUAUUUUCUUCUCUCCACCCCCCCCCCCCUGGAGGGCUACUCUCAGCCUGCAUGUGACUGUUGCAAUUAUUUCAUAUCCAAGAAAAAAACAGUAUUAAUAUCAUUUGGUUGACACAAACUUUUUUAAAAAUGUAAUCCAUCAUGUUUUCUGUUCACACUCUGUGUGUCUCCCUAUUAAUUUUUACCAGUGUUACUGUACAUUUUCUUAAUACAGAAAAGCAAGUUAAUUAAACCAGAAUGCAUUAAACUCUGAAAGUGAAAAUCUAAAUUUCCUUGUUUUUAUUCGGCUGCAAAGUAACAUAGCUGUUGCUGUUUUUGUUAACGUACCAUGUUCUUUGCUGAACAAGACUGGUCUGAACUGCAACUAGACUGUAUUUGGAGAUACAUCCUCAUUAUGUAUGUUGACUAAGAUAAUCUGGAAAGCAAGCAGUGCCCAUCAAUGCUGGAUUGAUCCAGCUCUGGGAAAGCAGUUAUAUUUCACUGGUUGAAUGUUUUGUCCUGUAAAUAAUUCAGUGCAAACUUAGGAGGACUGCAGCUGAUACCUCCUUUUUGUGGAAGAUGGCUAUUCAGAGUACAGUGUUGCAAAACUGGAGCAAUGGGUUGCCCUGCUUUUCCAGUAGCAAAUUAAACUAAGUCACUUUUAAUGAAUAUGACCCAUCCUUAUCACAAUUCCUUCUUCAAGCAGGAUGCUUCAGAGUGGAGUGCUCUGCACAAGCAUGCUCAGUAUGUAUUUAUCUUUAUCACUAGAAUGUUUCCUCUCAACCUAAUUACUCUGGAACUACUAGUUCUAUCGUUUUAACUCAUGUAAGAAAUAUUGGAUAGCACUGCAGAAAACUCCUUGGUGAUCACUUUUUUUUAUUUUUUUAUUUUUUUGCAAGAGUUGGGAUUUCUGCACUGAAUUUGGGAGGGUUGGGGGUGUAAAAAUCACAAGCACUAUACAGACCUUAACAACAUUGGUUUGAGGGGUUAAUUUGAAUGAGUUGGAAAAGCUGCACCAAAUUUAUUGCAUGGUUUUCUUGAAACAGUGUCAUCAAGAUCAUCUGGAUUGAGAUGUGGAAAUGUUUUCAGGUUGUUUCUGUAACUUUUUUUUAAACUUCAUUGUGAAUAAUGCUUCUUUGUAUUUAUGGACUUGAUAACAAGCUUAACUGACAGACAGGAGUGAGAUCAGCACCCUUCUCACAAUGGCUAGAACAUAGGUGUUGUGACCACAGCUGCAUCAUCUAGUUUUGGGGAUUGUGUCCUUACAGGAGAGAACAUAGCAGUGCCAAGGAUGACGAUGAUCUGUGCUAGGCUAAGAUUCUCUCUACCUCUUCAGGGUGAAUACUUUUGACUGAGCUGCUACCCAUAAUGUCUUGUGGAAAAAUUGUCUAUAGAAAUAUUUUAUUUUUUAUUUUUUUUCCUUUGCUAAUGUGUAUUCAAAGCCCAAUUCUUUAACAUGCAGCCAAAUGCCAUUUUUUAAAGAAAAAUAAAAGCUAAUAACACUUUAUUUGCGAGUUACUUUGAAAGGCAAAUUCAAUAAAUGUGUGGAAUACUUGCAAUUGCAUAAUAUAAAUAAGUCAUUUUGACUUUGUUCACCAUAAUUCUGACUGGGAAAGAUGAAAUGUGGUUCUUGAAAAAGCAGUUUGCUACUGCUGAAAGCUGUUUAUUGGGGAAAAUAUUUUAAAAUAUAUGUACAAAAUUUAAAAUUGUCUUUAUUCAUCACUGGCUUUUUUUUAGCAGCCGCAUCAGAAAAAUAGUCUCCUCAUUCUCAUAUGUGUAACAUUCUUGUUUUCUACUGUUCUAUUGCAUUGUGUAUUUAUAGUUCUAUUACCAUUGUGCAUAUACAGGCAAUAAAAUGUACAUAACAUUACUUGAAAAAA